AUGAUUGCAGCAAAGAAAGUCUCGGAGAAACUGGUGAUUGCCGGAGAACUGACUGCCGAUGAAGCUCGGGAGCGCCUUGAUUGCCGGAGAAGUUCGAAAGCUCAGAGAGAAUUUGAGAAGAACUUUACAUCUUUCAAAGGGAUAAAGGAGAAUCUUGUGAUGACUCAGCAGCAAGAGGAGACGAACCGACCGGGGCAUUUUGGACCUUUUAGGUCCACCGACUUGGGCAUUUCGGGUACUUCAAGUGACACUGAGUCAAAUAUCCCUAAAGCUGCCGAUGGCAACCUCCACCAACACCGCCAUCGCUAUUUCCCGGGCACAACCGUUAAGCUGCUAGACAGAGUAUGGACCACGGAGAGAAGCCAAUUGGACUCGCUGGCUGCAGGCCUACUACUUCAAGAAUUUCCGGUGUCUAAGGUCUGUGGGAGAGUCGUAGGUGGCGACGUUGUCACGGUGGUGGCGGGGUUCCAUGGCCGAGCUCUCCGUCGGGGAUCGCGGUUGGUUCUGGGGAAUUUGGGGAUAAAACAUUACUUCUCUUCACCAUAUCAUCCUCAAUCCAAUGGCCAAGUUGAAGCGAUCAACAAGAUAAUCAAGAACGGUUUGAAAACCCGACUUGAUGCCGCAAAAGGGACCUGGCCGGAAGAAUUGCCAAAUGUGUUAUGGGCCUACAGAACGACAGUUUGGCAUGCAACCGGGGAAACACCUUUCUCCUUAACGUACGGGUCAGAAGCUAUUGUCUCUGUUGAACUCGGAUCCCCGACAUACUGA